AUGUCGUUCUCGUCGCUCGUCUCAGAUAUUGCCUAUCGCAACCCUACGAGACCAGAGCUCCGCUCAGCGGCCUCCGAGGCGGGGCGCUCAUAUGCCAGCACAGCUGCCACCAGCGUUAGCAUUUCUGGCGACAUUAAGAGCCAAUUGCACGGAGGAUACUCGCACCCCCUCGCACGAGCAUGGCAGGCCGAGCGCCAACUCACAAAGUCGAUGCUCAUCUAUCCCCUCUUCAUUUCAGACCAGCCUGACGAGGAGACACUGAUUCCUUCGCUGCCGAAUCAGCACCGCCGAGGUCUGAACAAGAUCGUUCCUUACCUCAAGCCGCUUGUCGAGAAGGGUCUGAAGUCAGUCAUUCUCUUCGGUGUACCGAUUGCACCGAACGCAAAGGACGCUCUCGGCAGCAACGCAGACGAUCCCAAGGGCCCCGUCAUCAAGGCUAUCCGCCUCCUCCGCCGCAAUUUCCCCGACCUCUUCAUCACCGCUGACGUCUGCCUUUGCGAGUACACAUCACACGGCCAUUGCGGUAUCCUGAGAGACGAUGGCAGCCUGAACAACCAGCUGUCAGUUGAGCGCAUUAGUGAUGUCGCUAUCUCAUACGCAUUGGCUGGCGCGCACUGUGUGGCGCCCUCAGACAUGAACGACGGCCGCAUUCGCGCAAUCAAGCUAAAGCUGAUCGAGGCUGGGAUUGCCCAUCAGGUCGUCCUCAUGUCAUACUCCGCCAAGUUCUCUGGCUGCUUGUACGGCCCCUUCCGCGACGCCGCAGGCUCGUGCCCCUCUUUCGGUGACCGACGAUGCUACCAGCUGCCACCGGGCGGUCGUGGUCUUGCUCGCCGUGCAAUUACGCGAGACAUCAACGAGGGUGCAGACAUCAUCAUGGUUAAGCCGGCGAGCCAAUACCUCGAUAUCAUCAGCGACGCGAAGGAGAUUGGCAAAGAUAUGCCAGUUGCAGCAUACCAGGUGUCUGGUGAGUACGCCAUGAUUCACGCAGCGGCGGCGGCAGGCGUUUUCGACCUACGGGCUAUGGCGGAGGAGGCCACACAGGGCAUUCUGCGAGCAGGUGCCACGAUCAUUGUCAGCUACUUCACACCUGAAUUCUUGGACUGGUUGCAGAACUAA